AUGAGAGGCAAAGCAAGCUUCAAGGUCACGACCCUGAUCUUUGUCUCAGACCCCGACACCGUCUUCUCCGCCAAUCUUCGCCGUUACCCACCAUGGCUGGCAAAUGCGUUCACAAGGGAUGUGGGGAAGACUUUCGCCAAUCCGGAGGAAGCCUGCGUGUAUCAUCCAGGUCCACCAGUGUUCCACGAGGGGCAGAAGGGCUGGAAAUGCUGCAAACCCCGCGUCCUGACCUUUGAGGAAUUCCUCGCCAUUCCGCCCUGCACCACGGGCAAACACUCCACCGUCGAUGAUACACCUGCUGCAGAGCCUGUAAAGGCUACUGAGGAACCCGCUGCGCCUCCGACCGAGACUGCGCCUGCGCCCGAACCCGUUGAGACGAAGCUACCCGAGCGCCCUACCAAUACCCCCGCAAAGCCCGUCGUCGAGGAGCCCGACUCGGAUGACCCCGAUGCAGUGAUUCCUGAGAAUGCGACAUGUCUCCGGAAGGGUUGCGGUGUUACAUAUAAUCCCAGCGCCUCUCGCGAUGAGAAAUGCGUGCACCACCCCGGAGCGCCUGUUUUCCACGAGGGCAGCAAAGGAUGGUCCUGCUGUAAGCGGCGGGUCCUGGAAUUCGACCAAUUCUUGAAGAUCCCGGGAUGCACGGAAAAAGUCAGGCAUAUGUUCGUUGGCAAGGCCAAGCCGGCCGGCGAGGAGAAGGUCGAAACUGUUCGCAAUGAUUUCUACCAAACUGCCUCCUCCGUGAACGUCGCUCUGUACCUGAAGAAGAUCGAUAAGGAGCGCGCGCGCGUCGACCUCACCGAAAAUACCAUCACCUUUGACCUCCCAACUUCCGACAACAAGCGCUUCCAAGAUACAUACAAUCUUUUCGCUCCCAUUGACCCCGAGAAGUCCUCGUUCCGUGUGCUGGGUACUAAGCUGGAGCUGACACUGGUCAAGGCCGACGGCACCAGCUGGCCGGUUCUACGCAACGACGAUAAGUGGAGUGGACAGCGCAUUCAGAUUGGUAAUGCGGGUCGAGCGUGA